AUAAGGCACGUCACCACUCAACAUCUGGUGACUGUUUUGAAGAAGGCGGAAGUUUAUCGCCGGAACUGUCAAGUUUCCUGCUGUGAGUCUUGUCGGUGUUCAGGAUGGCAGAACCGUAUGUGCGACAUGUAGAGCUUUUGGGCUUUGAGAAAAGGUUCUAUCCAAGCCAGCAUUAUGUGUACAUGAUCAUGGUGAAAUGGAGCGACCAGUCAGAGAAACUGAUCUACAGAAAAUAUCCAGAAAUCCAUAUUUUCCAUAAAUCUCUGAAGGAGAUAUUCCCAAUUGAGGCAGGCGACAUUAACGUUAAAGACCGUAUCAUUCCUACAUUGCCAGCUCCAAAAUGGCUCGACAGCCAGAAGUCAACCGAGACUAGGCAGGGCACUCUGACGGAAUACUUUCAAUCUCUGCUCAACCUGCCUUCAAAGAUCUCCCAGUGUCAGCUGGUCAGAAACUUCUUUAAAGUACGGCCAGAUGAUGAGAGUCCUCCAGCUCCUCAUCCACAAAAACGAAACGAAACCUUUGUCUUAAACAGGGAUCGAGCAAGAACUGCCACUUCUGAAAUCACAGGUCCAAUCAUGCUGGAUACCUAUAGAGUGAUCGCAGAUUACACCAAAACCUCAAAAUAUGAGCUCAACCUGAAAGCAGGAGAUUUGGUGGAUAUUGUGGAGAAGAGUUCCAAUGGUUGGUGGUUCUGCCAGUGUGAGGCACAGAGAGGAUGGGUUCCAGCCUCCUAUCUAGAACCACUUGAUGGACCUGAUGAGUCUGAGGAGCUGGCGCCCAACUAUGCAGGAGAGCUGUACAAAACCAUUAAAGCCUAUAAAGCAGUGCAGAACGAUGAGAUCACCCUGGAGAUUGGAGAAACCAUUGAGGUCAUCCAUAAGCUUCUGGAUGGCUGGUGGGUGGUCAGGAAAGGAGAGGACACGGGGUACUAUCCCUCCAUGUUCCUUAUGAGUACUGGGGAAAGGAAGGAAGUGGAGGCUGAAAGGAGCAGUGUGACCAGGAACACCCCACCACCCAGGAGAUCAACUAUACGCAAUGCCAAGAGCAUCCAUGCCAAAGGUCGUCAACAAAUCAGCCAGGACUCAUACCGCAGACAGAGUCGCAAAUUUUUACAGCAGCGAGGAAGACUUGCGUCCCAGCCGAGGAAAAACUCCAAAACCAUGAUGGAGGAAAGUCCAGCUGCCAACAAAGAAGAGGCAAAGAAAACCCCAGCCAUACCUCCUAGGCCUAGUCACGAGCUCAUUAUGGAGCGCUGCACAGAGAACACACGCAAGAGAAUCAGCAUCCAUGCCACCUAAGGUGGACUUGAUCCCGACCUGAACGCUCCGCACUGCACCCAAAUGAAGAACGCCAAGCUUGAUUCUGUCACUGCUGCAGGAUUUGCACGAAGUCUUUCAUAAAAAGUUGCAUGGCAUGAAACAGUACAUCUUAGGUGCCGAAACUACAUAGCAUAGUUUCAUUUCCCUGUUCAAGCACGUCUGAUUUAUAUUUAACAUUUGUAAAAAGUCACAUUAACCUGUGUUUAGCGUACUGUAGGCCAGGCAACUUCUGUGCGCCAUCUCUAUAACCAAAGAGGAAUGUAGUAGUUUUAAGCACUGUGUAAGAAUGUUACAUGACCGUGUAUGUAGUUUUCAAUAAGCUAGUGUUGUUUUUGUUCAUUGUACUUUAAUAAAAAACAGAUAAAUAAAUAAAAAAUAUAAA